AUGCGUUUGUCCCUAUCUUUUUGUCGACUACUGUAUUUACUUUUUUGUACAAGUAUUAAUCAGGAUAUUUUUAGAUUUCCUACCAUCUUUUGGGUUCCAAAGAAUGACAAAGAGAAUCCCGUACCCUACCAAGGCGGACGUGAAGUGAAUGACUUUAUCAAGUUCAUUGCUGAACAUGCAACAGAUCCAUUGAAAGGCUAUGGACGUGAUGGCAAGAAGAAGAAAGCAAAGAAGGCCGAUGAUAAGAAGCCGAGCGAUGAACUUUAA